AUGGGACUGUACGACAAAUUGCCUGAUGACUUGCAGGAGGUUGACAUUAUAAUUGCCGGAGGCGGCGCUGCUGGCUGCGUUGUGGCCUCAAGGCUGGCAGCUGCGGAUCCAAAACUGUCUAUUUUGGUUAUUGAGGGAGGCACCAACAACUACAACAACCCUACCGUCACCAAUCCGAUGCUGUUCGGAUACCAUCUCGCCCCAACCAGCAAAACUGUCAAUGUUUACCAAGCCAAAACAGCACCCCAGCUGGCUGGGCGUGCUCCUGUCGUCCACACCGGAGGCAUCCUAGGAGGUGGGAGUUCCGUCAAUGUAGCGAUGUACACUCGAGGCCAACGGUCAGAUUACGACUCGUGGAAGACACCAGGCUGGUCGACGGAUGAGCUCCUGCCGUAUUUCAAGAAGCUUGAAACGUUUCAUGGCGACGGAGACGCUGCCACACAUGGCUCUAGUGGCCCUAUCCAAAUCUCGGACGGCGGCUUCACCGUUGGAAGGGCCAAGGCAGAUUUCCUCCAAGCGGCCAAAGCUGUUGGGAUCGCCGAGCUGAGGGACAUGCAAGACUUUGAUGCCAGCGACGGCAUGGGAAAGUGGUACCGCUACUCGUCGCCCGAGGGGAAACGCCAGGACUCGGCGCACGCCUAUCUCCAUCCUCUGCUGCAGGACGGACAGCACCGGAAUCUCCACGUCCUGGUGGAGCACAAAGUGCUGCGCGUCUUGCUCGACGAGAAGAAGCAAGCCCGCGGCGUCGAGUUCACCACGAACCCCGCUUAUCAGAGCGACGCGGCCCCGACGACGCAACGCAAGCAGACGGUUAGGGCUCGCAAACUCGUUGUGCUCUCGACUGGCAGUGUUGCCACUCCCCUGGUUCUCGAGCGGUCGGGUGUGGGCAGGCGGGAAGUGCUGGAGCGCGCUGGCGUGCCGCUAGUGGAGGAGCUGCCCGGAGUAGGACACGACUACCAGGACCACGUCUUGAGCCCGACGCUGUACGUCACGGCACUGGGGCCGAACGAGACGGCGGACGAGAUCAUGAAUGGAGAGCUGCCUGCCGAAGAGGCCAUUGCCAAGAAGAACAAGAUUCUGGGGUGGAACGGCAUCGAUGUCGCCAUCAAGAUGCGCCCCACCGAGGCCGAGGUCACGGCUCUCGGGCCCGAGUUCCGCGCAGUCUGGGAACGAGACUUCAAGGAGAACACCAACAGACCGCCGAGUCUGGUUCCCUUUUUCAAUGGAAACCUCCUCCCAGUGCCUACGUCCCACGCGCUCCAGUACAUCACAUGCGCGAACUUCCUCACGUACCCCUAUUCGCGCGGCCACGUCCACAUCACGGGCCCAGAGCUGGCCGACGCACCAGACUUUGACGUAGGAUUCUUCACGGACAAGGGCGAUUUCGACCUCAAGAUGCAGCGGUGGUCGUACAAGAAGGUCCGAGAAGUCAUGCGGCGAUCUUACUUCUACCGCGGCGAGCUGGCCGGCGUUCACCCGAGGUAUCCCGCCGGGUCCAAGGCAGCGUGCGUCGAGCUCGACAGGCCGCUUGCCGAGGUCCUGGGUGGCGAGAUCAAGGACCUCGUGUACUCGGCCGAAGAUGACGCGGCGAUCGACCAAUUGCACCGCGAGAUCUCGAAUACGACGUGGCACUCGAUGGGCACGGCCAAGAUGGCGCCGAGAGGCGAACUGGGCGUCGUCGACAAGGAUCUCAACGUCUACGGCGUGCAGGGGUUGAAGGUUGUCGAUCUGAGCAUUGUUCCCAAAAACGUUGCUGCGAACACGUACAACACUGCUCUAGUGGUGGGCGAGAAGGGUGCUGCCAUUAUUGCGAACGAGUUGGAUCUGACGUUGCCAUUGUAA